AUGUUCCCGAACUCCAUUUUCAUACUUACAACCAUUUUGUUUCUGGCCUCCUCCCUACGCCCUUCUCCCUCCCUUCCAUUUCACACCUGUAGAAAUCUGAACCAUAAUCUGUUCAGUGGUCGUCUGCCCAGCCCUGCCUCGUCCGGCAUCUUAGAGUAUAAGAUGAACAGCAAUUUUUUCACACACGGGAAUGUCAAGUUCAACUGCUCAGCUGCUGAAUGGAGCGUCGAUCUCAACUGCCUCUCCACUGACCUGCUCAUCUGUGGCCGUGUUCCGUCCUCAAGGUCCCCAGCUGCCUGUGCUGCAUUCUGUGGGAUGGAGGCUGGGUCCACUGCCUCUGUGUGUGGGGGGCAUGGCUACUGUUCUGUGAAUCAGUACACUGGAGGGGGGGAGUGUGUGUGCGAUCCCAACUACCUUCUUGACAGCACCAACACCAACGUCUGUUUGCCCGGAGCCGUUGGAGGAUCGCUGGCAUCAGACUCAGCCUAUGUGGCUGUGCGGGGAUCAGCUGCUGUGCUUUCCAGCGGCUCCAUUCUUCUCACAGGAGGGGCGCCCAACCAGCAGGGAGCAGCGUUUGCCUCUCCCGCGCUGCGCCUCUCCUACUUCCCCAACAAGCGCUCCCUCUGCGGGAUUGAGCUCGCAUUCACCGCUGCCUUCAGCUUUGCCAUGCAUGCACUGGGCCACGUGGCAGGUGGAGAGGGCUUUGCAUUUGUGGUGGCGGCAGCUGCUUCUGGCAAGGGGGCGAGUGUGGGGCUGGGAGGGGUGGGGAAGCGGAGUGUGGCGGUGGAGUUUGACUCGGUGCUGAGUGUGAAGCACAGCGACCCCAAUGACAACCACGUGGGCGUCAAUGUGGGCGGUUCACCUGUGUCCCUCGCCUCUGCCACGGCCCCUCUCAUCCUCAACGAUGGCCACACCAAGCACGCCUGGAUCCACUACGACCCCACCAGCGGCGGCACCCUCCGAAUCUUCCUAUCCUCUGAUCCCGACCAGCCCCUCGGCCCCGCCCUUACAGCAAGCGUGUCUCUCUGCUCCGUGCUCAAGCCCACUGCAUCCGACUCUCUCUUCCUCUUCGGCUUCGUUGCCCUUUCAGGCAGCCAGCCCCAGAGGCACACCAUCCUGAACUGGCAGUUCACCACAGGUAUCAUCCCGGCACUCCGUAUAACCUUUUUCCCUCACCUUUUGCUACUUUUAUCGGUGAAUAACUACGGCCGAAUUAACUCGCCCGGUGAUGACAUCCAUGUAGCCAUGGCGAAGAAUACGCGCAAGACGGGAAGAUAUACCGCCGCCUCCCAUGCGAGCUAUGACUGGGAUGAUGGCGACGAAGGACACGGCGGCGAUGACAGCGACGGAGAACAUAGGGACGACGGCGAUGAGGAUUGGCCGGAGAACGGCCACGACGAUAGCGCUUCGAGGGAUGAAGUAGCCCAUGCCGACAUCGAUGAGGACGAAUGGUGGAAUCGGCCGGAGCUUCAACCGUGCAUCUUUGCUGUAGACAAGGGGAAAACCAAGGUCGCGGAUGCCCCUGGUAAGGCCACCGUUUGUCGCCGCCCAAGCACCAAGAAGCGGAAGAACGACGGCGACCCCGGAUCCAGCACGGGUGCUGCUAAGAAAAAGAAGAAGGGGCCAAACAAGGACGACAUCCUGGUCAACGAGGCGCUCGGCAGCGACGAUGAAUACGCUGAGGCGGCAGGCCCAAUUCCUUCAUUCAAUGAGAAGGCGAAGCCGAAGGACCCCACCCUCCAUAAUCCCAACUCCCGUCCACCUUCCCCUCGCAGCAAGGACAGUAAGAAGAGGCGCCGCGGAUGGACCGUACGCGAGAAGCUCAAGUCGGCGCGCCGCUACCAGGAGCUCGACUCAUUGAAGAAGACCUUGCUGGAGUCUACCGCAUCUAUCGCCUGCAUCAGACGCUGGAGGAACCAGCGGAGGCCUCCGCACCUCGUGGUGCUGCAGUGGAUCGCGGAGGCGUGGGAUCAAGUCCCCAAGCAGGUCAUCAUUGACGCGUUCCGCCACUGUGGGAUUUUAAGCAAGCUGGACGCGACGGAGAACCACCUAAUAAUGUCUCACCUGCACGCUAGGAGCACUAUCAGUGUGUUCGAGGACAUGAGCCUCGGUGGAACCACGGGUGACAACAUGCGCCUGCUUGGGCAGGCGCUAGAGGAGGAGGAGGAGGAGGAGGAGGAGGAGGAGGAGGAGGAGGAGGAGAAGAAGAUGCAGGCGGAGGGCGUGAGGGAGGUGGCCGUGGCAACCGGCCUGGAGGUGCUGUACUAG